CUUCACAGUGUCUAUUUACUUUUCAUAAUUUAUCUACGCUGUAGUCGGAAAACUAUUUGUCAAGGGACGGCAAAAUUACUAAAUGGGCUUAUAGAAGAUGGAUAUCCCCAUUCGCAAUACUGUGUUCCAGACGAUAUGGUUGAGCAUAUAUGUCGCUUUAAAACUGUCUUAUCGGAUGCUCUUUCUCGGCAUUGGUACAAAUUAAAAGAUUUGUACGAUGCGUAUGCAGUUCUUCAUCCAGAAGCAGCCAGCCAUGUUUCAUUCCGAUCCAUCAGGAGCUUUAUGAAAGAAUGCAGAAAGAAGCAUUAUCCCCCGAGUCCCCAUACGGUCCGUGAAUUCGUGGAUCGACCCGUUGAUCCAGUGUUUGCUCGCAAUCUAGAGUACGAUAAUGGUCAACUUUCUGUGCGUUUGAUCAUUGACAACAGCGGUGCACAGCAUGCCCUAUUUUUCGAUAAAAAUUUCGUGCGGCAAGAAAUGGCUGAGGUAUCAAGGCUUCUUAUUGAUGGAACGUUUUGUUCGCGACCCCGGAUUGAUGGAGUAUAUCAAUUGCUCACUAUUAUGGGGAUAAAAUUGAAUCACGGCUUCCCCUUCAUAUGGGUCAUCAUGACAUCAAAGACGCAAAAUGCUUAUGAAGCAUGUUUGCAAUAUGUAAAAACACAUAUUCUGCAUGCGCAUAACAUUCUUCUUGUGAUGAGCGACUUUGAACGCGCAUUGCGGAAUGCUGUUUUGAAAGCAUUUCCAACUGCUCUAAGUACGGGUUGUAAUACCCAUCACGAUCGUGAAUUGUCAAGCCAGAGGGCUUUAGCGUCUAUGGGCUUAGCUGUCGGACGAACAAUAUCGUGGAGUCUUAUCACAGCAGACUUAAGCACAGGAUAG